AUGUCUGACGACCUCUUCGCCCCUGCGCCCGAGCCGGUCACCGAGCUGGGUCGAUACCGCGUUCUCUCGACCACCGCCGGGGUGAGAGUGUCACCUCUGGUGUUUGGCGCAAUGUCACUCGGCGAUAGCUGGUCGGAUUUCAUGGGCUCCAUGUCGAAAGAACAGGCCUUCCGGCUUCUGGACAAGUAUUACGAGUCUGGGGGCAAUUUCAUCGACACCGCCAACAACUACCAGGAUGAGCAGUCGGAACAGUGGAUCGGGGAAUGGAUUGCCGCGAGGAAGAAUCGAGACAACAUCGUUCUUGCGACUAAGUAUACCGAUGGCUACCGCGGCUAUGAGCUCGGCAAGGGCAUCACGCUCAACUAUGCGGGAAACCACAAGAAAGCUUUGCAUCAUUCCAUCCGUGACUCGUUGAGGAAGCUCCAGACCGACUAUAUCGACAUCCUGUAUCUCCAUUAUUGGGACUACACCACUUCCAUCUCCGAAGUGGUGGACAGCCUCGACAUCCUGGUCAAAACAGGCAAGGUUCUUUACCUAGGCAUCUCCGACACGCCGGCCUGGGUGGUGUCGGCAGCCAACACGUAUGCGCUCGCCAACGGCAAGACUCCCUUCAGCGUCUACCAAGGCCGCUGGAACGUGAUGCUGCGCGAUUUCGAGCGCGACAUCAUCCCCAUGGCCCGUCAUUUCGGCAUGGCCAUCUGUCCCUGGGACGCCAUUGGCGGCGGGAAAUUCCAGAGCAAAAAGCAGCUGGAGCAGCGCAAGUCGACGGGCGAAGGUCUCCGGAAAUUGAUGGGCUCGGAGCAGACCGACAGGGAGGUCAAGAUCUCUGCCGCGCUGGAGAAAGUCGCCGCCGAACACGGCACCGAGUCCCUUAGUUCCGUCGCUCUCGCCUACCUCAGGCAGAAGGUGCCGGGGCAGGUGUUCCCGUUGGUGGGCGGGCGCAAGGUCGAGCAUCUGCUGGACAACAUCCAAUCUUUGAGCAUCACGCUUACCCCCGAACAAAUCGACUAUCUCGAAAGUGUGCAGCCUUUUGACGUCGGCUUCCCCUGUAACUUCAUCGGAGAGGAUCCCAAGACAACGGGCAAGAGUCAAACCCUGCUGGCCAUGUCGGGGCCGAUGGCAUGGCCGGUUCCGAAGCAAGAGUUCUCCAAAGCCAGUAAGGUUGUUCAAUAG